AUGGCACAAAUUCUCGUUAUGCAUACAUUUCUUAUCCUGUGUUGUCUUUUAUUCUUGACAUCAGCUAUAAUAAGUCCGUGUGCACGAUGGAAUACAACAGGUGUUACUGUAGCUGGUGGCGUAAAAGGUAACUUAUCUGAUCAAUUGGAUGGGCCUGAAGGAAUAUUUGUAUACAAGCCGCUGAAUAGAUUAUAUGUGGCUGACUUCAACAACCAACGUAUUCAAAUGUUUUCACUUAAUCAAUCAUCGCAUACAGGUGUUACAGUAGCAUCCAAUGUCACGUAUCCUUCAAAUGUCUAUGUCGACGAUGACGGAAAUCCAGAGCCUACUGUCUAUGCGGCACUUUAUAAGUCAGAUCGCGUCAAUCAAUGGGUUAAUGGAUCAAAGGAAGCUGUACAAGUGGGUGGUGAAUGCCGCUCAUGUACAGGCAUAGCAAUAGACAACGAGAAAAAUGUCUAUAUGUCGGAACCGACUAGACAUCGAGUGCUUAAAUGGUCACGUCGGACAAAUAAUACUACAGUUAUUGCCGGUCAAACAGAUCAACCAGGAUCGACGAGUAACCAAUUCCAGAGGCCUCAAGGUAUUCAUAUUGAUCGAAUCCACGGGACAUUAUAUGUGGCCGAUUCAGAUAAUAAUCGCGUGCAAAAAUGGUUAAAAAAUUCACAAGACGGUGUUACUCGAGCAGGGUCAAGUUUGGGUGUGGCAGGCAAUGAUUCUGCAUCAUUCUCGGACCCAAUUAGUGUUACAGUUGAUGAAGUAACUAAUAUCUUAUAUGUAGCUGAUUUUAAUAAUAGACGAAUUCAACGUUGGCUACCAAAUGCAACCAAAGGCGAAACCAUUGCACAAGGAUCGGGUAUGCUCUUUACUUCAAAAAAAUUAAUUGAAGUAUUUUUAAAGGAAAAUUAA